AUGUCGAGUUUCGGAUAUCUCUCUAGUAAAGACAAUAUAGCCGUGGAGAAUCUGCUUUCACAGGCCAUGGAUCUCUACGUUCUAGAGCAAGUCGCCGCCAUCAACUGCUCCGGCUUCACCGACUCUGUUCUUCCCGCUAACCUCGAGACUCGUUUCCGUCGUCUCAAAUCUCUUCCUGUUUCUCGACAACCCGACCAGGUUCCUUCCUCCAAGAAGCUUCUCACACACUCCAAGAGCAUGGCAGGUUACCCGGAGAAGAAUCACGGAAACGCGUUUUCCGGUGACGAGAGGAGGAACGUCACCGUGAGAAUCAAACGAGAUCCGACUGUGAAAUCUCGUCCGUUGGCUUCAUCUGUUGUGGAAACGCGUGGAAUCAAACGCGACCCGAGUGUGAAUUCGCGAGGUAGGCUUGUACCGGAAACAAGCAGGGGUUUCUCAGGUUCGGGGAGAAUCGGUUCGGUUUCGUCACGGUUUUCUGGAGGUUCUGGGAAACCCGGUUCGGUUUCGGCGAGGUUUUCUCGAGAUGGCGGCAAGGUUUUCUCGCCGCCAACGAUACAAACAAUGACGUUUCUUCCUAGAGAGAAAUCGAGGAUUAGCUCAUCUUCGUUUACCUCGAUUGAUUUAGCUUCACCAUCAUCCGAUACCGAUCAAGACCGAGAAGAAGGAUCAAACCGGAAAUCGAAAUCGAAAUCAAGAUGAUUCGUCUACGAUCCGGCGAUGAGUUCCGAGGAAGCCAAGGUCGUCGUUCCGAGGAACUUUAGAUUGUUGGAAGAGCUUGAAAGAGGUGAGAAAGGUAUCGGAGAUGGUACCGUGAGCUAUGGAAUGGACGAUGCUGAUGAUAUCUAUAUGCAAUCCUGGACUGGCACCAUUCUCGGCCCUCACAAUACUGCAUACGAAGGGAAGAUCUUCCAGCUGAAGCUAUUCUGUGGCAAGGAUUACCCUGAAAGUCCACCAACUGUGAGGUUCCAGACCCGUAUUAACAUGGCUUGUGUCAACCCAGAAUCUGGAGUGGUUGAACCGAGUCUCUUCCCGAUGCUCACUAACUGGCGGCGAGAGUACACAAUGGAGGACAUUCUGGUUAAGCUGAAAAAAGAAAUGAUGACUUCGCAUAACCGCAAGUUAGCUCAACCCCCGGAAGGUACCGAGGAAGCUAGGGCAGAUCCAAAGGGACCAGCCAAAUGCUGUGUGAUGUGAAGAGAGAGAUGGAGGAAAUUCAGCAAUUUGUAUUAAUUAAUAGAAGGGGACAGUGUAUAUAAAACAUCAUUUGAAGCUUUGAGAAAUUGCAUGCAAACUUAAUGUUAUAGCUUUGUUUGAAGAUUAUAUAUAUAUAUAUCUCCACCAAAAAAACAGGUGAUUAUGAGUCUACUAAUAAACUUUUAUCUCUUCUUUAUCUUCUUAGUUCGUGUCGUGGGCGAGUUCUUUAACCGUUCAAAACAUUUUUUGCGUU